CCUUUCGCGCAUGCGCCGCCGCCGGCUGGGCUGUUGCUCCCUGACGGGUGACUGCGGCGGGUCCUCGCCAUGGAGUCCUACGACGUUAUAGCGAACCAGCCCGUCGUGAUAGACAACGGUUCAGGCGUGAUUAAAGCAGGUUUCGCUGGUGAUCAGAUACCGAAAUACUGCUUUCCAAACUAUGUGGGCAGACCAAAGCACGUUCGUGUUAUGGCUGGUGCUUUAGAAGGGGAUAUUUUCAUUGGUCCAAAGGCAGAGGAGCACAGAGGUCUCCUCUCGAUCCGAUACCCAAUGGAACAUGGCAUAGUGAAGGACUGGAACGAUAUGGAGCGCAUUUGGCAGUACGUGUAUUCAAAAGAUCAGCUUCAGACAUUCUCAGAGGAGCAUCCUGUGCUGUUGACAGAAGCACCCCUAAACCCACGCAAGAACAGAGAACGUGCUGCUGAAGUGUUUUUUGAGACCUUCAAUGUUCCAGCACUAUUCAUCUCCAUGCAAGCUGUGCUCAGUCUGUAUGCUACUGGGAGGACCACAGGAGUGGUGCUGGACUCUGGGGAUGGCGUUACCCACGCGGUCCCCAUCUACGAAGGCUUUGCCAUGCCUCACUCCAUCAUGCGGAUUGACAUUGCAGGCCGCGAUGUCUCACGCUUCCUGCGUCUCUAUCUCCGGAAGGAAGGCUACGACUUCCACACAACCUCAGAGUUUGAGAUUGUCAAGACCAUCAAGGAGCGUGCCUGCUAUCUGUCCAUAAACCCCCAGAAGGAUGAGACUCUGGAGACUGAGAAGGCUCAGUACUAUCUGCCAGAUGGAAGCACUAUUGAGAUCGGCUCUGCCCGCUUUCGUGCCCCGGAGCUCUUGUUCCGGCCAGACCUGAUAGGGGAAGAAUGUGAAGGCCUCCACGAGGUGCUCGUUUUUGCCAUUCAAAAAUCAGACAUGGAUCUGAGGCGAACGCUUUUCUCCAACAUUGUGCUGUCUGGUGGCUCCACACUUUUCAAAGGUUUUGGUGAUAGGCUCUUGAGUGAAGUGAAGAAACUAGCUCCAAAGGAUGUCAAAAUAAGGAUAUCAGCUCCUCAGGAGAGAUUGUAUUCUACGUGGAUUGGUGGCUCUAUUCUGGCCUCGCUGGAUACUUUUAAGAAAAUGUGGGUUUCAAAAAAGGAAUAUGAAGAAGAUGGAGCUCGUGCCAUCCACCGAAAAACCUUCUAGCCCUGGGACCUAUCCUCAGUCUCCUCUGAAGACUCACUUCAGUUCUAAACUCGCUUUUCUGAGUCCGAGUGUCUGAGAGCUGCCUGUAUGUGUGUGUGUGCGCCAGCAUGCCCCGAUGUCACUGAGCAAAGACAACAGCAGCAGGAGGGUUGUAUUAGUACUAACUACUUAUUUUUUUUUAUUUUUGUUGGUUUUUUUUUAAUGGAAAGGAUAAAAUACCAGUCUGCUUUUCUUCAGAAUGGCCCCUUCCUUUUUCAUUUCAGUUCCUUAGUUUCUGUGUUACGAUCACAUUUGCCACUGUAAAACAAGUAAGGAAAAACAAAGGGAACAGCUUAGAAUCUGCCUAGCAAGUCAGAAAGGAGCUAACCACUGCAACCUGCUCACAUAGGCUUUAGUCAGCCUGACUGCAAUGCCUGGAUUGUCUGGAAAUACAAAGCUGAAGCCCCAUAACUACUUUCUUCCUCAGCAGUGUCUCCACCAUCAGUAGACUUUUGAAGUUGUUUUUAAUGUCUUUUUUUUUUCUUAAAUUAAGAGAAAGCACAUUCUUAACAGUUAAGCCCAGUUGCCCCCACUAUUUUUUGGUGUGUGUGUGUGAGUGUGUAACUUCUCAGACUGAUGUGUGGGUCUGUGCCACGGCUGGAGAAGAUAGUGAUAGGACUUAGUUUGUAUUGCAUGGAGUAGAACAAAGCAAUCUCUAAUCAGCUUUCAUUAUGCUAGACGGUUAUUCUCUUGUUCCUUCUUUUAAAUACUUUUUCUCCUCUGGAAGCAAGCGCCCCAGAGUGGUAGUGAAGGCACUUGAGUGUCCUCCCUCAACUGCCAAGAUUUACAGCUUUCAUGUUCUUUCUCUGCAGGAGUUGGGGCUGCUUCCCUCCUCCUCUGCCAUGUCAGGGCAACGGAAUCAUGUAUUUUCAGCCAGGCAUAACUCUUGUGUACUUCAUCCAUUUGGGGGGCAAAAUAAUAGUUGGAAAGGUGCAUUGUAAUGUAAGAAUUGUUUUAUUUAUUGAAAUCUCUGAGGAUAUCUCAAAUACUGACCAUAGCACCUGGGACUUGUUCUUUGGGUCUUCUUUGAAUACCUGUUAUCCAGCUGUCCACUGUUUUAUGUUAACACUGUUUACAGCACACAUGCUUAGCAUAAUAACUAGUCAGCCCUGCUACAGCACUCAAUAACCGUUUUUUAGGAAGUUUUGCUGUUCUCUAUGAAUACACUACAUGAGAGGACAAUAAAUUGUAUUAGUACGUGUA